UACAGUUCAUGGCGUAGAACUGUCAAAAUUAUCACAAAAGUAUUAUUAAACAAUGUCACCCAACGAACAAAUCGAUGAAUUGCAAAAAGAUGAGGAGCCGUUCGGCUUGGGCUGUGCCCUGGAAUACUUUUCUGAGCACGAGGAGGUGUUUAAAAUGAUUGAUAACAUUGUGGAAAUAAGUGAGCUAGACGCAAGCAGAUUUAGAGAUGUGGAACGAGCGUAUGAGAAAUUUUCUUCGAUUCUUGGCCAAUAUAUCGAACAACCCCACUUAAUAGACUCACACAUCGAUGCCUUGUUGGAUAAAUUAAUAGGAAUCAUAAGAAAUAAGAACUGUGACAUGAAAGCAAAGCAUUUAACCUUUAAAUACAUGUUUGUUAUUGUCAAUGUUAGGGGUUACAAAGUUAUUAUCCGACAUCUACCCCACGAGGUUUCAGAUUUCGAAGCUGUCCUUCAAUUAUUAGAAGCACAGGAUCCAAAUGAUGUAGAAACAUGGACCACACGUUAUAUUUUAUUACUGUGGUUAUCAAUUAUUGUGAUGAUACCAUUCCAUAUGUCCAGAUUUGAUGGAGCACUUGAAGGUGAUUCUAACUCAAAAACUGUGAUGUCUAGAGUAUUGAAUAUUAUUAAGACUUACGCCAUGGUUCCUGACAAGUGCAGAGAUGCAGCAGCAUUUUUAUCUUAUAGGUUUAUUACUAGGAAUGAUGUGAAAGAGUUACAUUUAGAAUCAUUUCUUAAUUGGGCCAUGGAUAUGUCAUCAGCAGAAGGCAGUAAUGUGUUUGUUAGGUAUGGGACCUUAGCGUGCAUUGCAACAAUAUUAAAACAUGGGAAGAGAGAAGAUUUAUUGCCUUUUGGGAGAAAAAUUCUUGAGUGGAUCAUUAAUGCUGAUUUUAAAAAUAAUUCAGGAGCUAAUGUACAAAAAAUGGCAUAUAAAAUUAUACAAAGAAUAGGCUUAAUAUUUGUUGCACCAAGAGUUGCAACAUGGAGGUAUAAAAGGGGUAAUAGAUCACUUGCUGCUAAUUUAAGUGCUGGAGAUGGAACACAAAACAUAAAUAGCACUAAUAAUAAUGUUAGUGAUGAAGAACCAGAUGAAAAUAUAGAUGUACCAGAUGAAAUUGAAGAAGUCAUUGAUCAAUUGGUUCAGGGUUUGAGAUGUGUGAAUGGAGUUAUAAGGUGGUCUGCAGCUAAAGGCAUUGGCAGAGUCACUGGUCGACUGCCAAAAGAAUUGGCCGACGAAGUUGUUGGAUUCAUAUUGGAACUCUUCAGCCCUAGGGAGGGUGACAGUGCCUGGCAUGGCGGGUGUAUCGCCCUUGCGGAACUCGGCAGACGAGGCUUGCUUCUACCUGAACGACUUCCUCAAGUUGUUCCUUUAGUGCUCAAAGCUUUAGUUUAUGAUGAACCCAGAGGUUACUCUUCUGUUGGUUCUCACAUACGUGACGCAGCUUGUUAUGUGUGUUGGUCAUUCGCACGAGCUUAUGAAACUAAUAUACUCGCCCCAUAUGUUAAUCAGAUUGCUAGUACCCUAUUGGUUGUUACUUGUUUCGAUAAAGAGAUUAAUUGUCGGCGGGCGGCUUCUGCAGCUUUUCAAGAAAAUGUUGGUAGACAAGGGGCGUUUCCUCAUGGCAUUGAUAUUCUAACAACGGCAGAUUUCUUUGCGGUCAGCGUUAGGCACAAUGCUUAUUUGAAUAUCAGUGUUUUUAUUGCCAAAUAUGAGGAGUAUACGAAACCGCUCAUUGAUCAUUUAGUUACAAGGAAAGUUGAUCACUGGGACUGUUCUAUUAGAGAACUGACUGCAAAAGCUCUGCACAACUUAACUCCACUGGCACCACAGUACAUGAUAGAUUCAGUUUUGCCAGAACUUUUCAAAAAAACUACUUCUAUAGACCUUAACUGCAGACAUGGGUCUGUUUUGGCCGUUGGCGAAGUUCUUCACUCCCUCUCCAAAGUUUACAAGGAACAGAACAUGGCAGAUGUUCUUGGUCCAGAAUUGACAGAACAAACGAGAAACCUUGUUCCGAAUUUCUAUGAAAAGCUAUAUUUCAGAGGUUUGGGAGGUGAACUAAUGAAGCAAGCAUGUUCUGAUUUCAUAGAAAAAUGCAGUUUGGCUGAAAUGCCUUUUCAUAAUGAAAAAAUUGUUGAACUUUGGUUGACUUUGUUGAACGAGUGCAUCUUGUACAAAGUAACUAACAUUCGCGCGUCAGGUGUGGACGCCUUGCCCGUAUUUCUCGCUCAGUAUUUCAAUACACCAGAGAAAAAACCGCGUCACAUUGAAAUCAUAAAAUUCUAUGUCCGCUAUUUACAAUCCGUCGAAGAUGAGACAAAUCGUAUGGGUACCGCAUUAGCCCUUGGAGUGUUGCCCAAGUUUAUGCUCACAUCUAAUCUAGAUUACGUUCUGGAUUCAUUGAUCCAGUCACUGGAGAUUAAUCCGCAAACAUUGAAGUGGGCCGAAAGUCGGAGAGAUGCGGUAAAAGCACUCACUACUAUUUCAACCACUAUGGAAGAAGAAAUUGGCAAAGAUUUCACUGAAGCCCAAGUUUUGAAAAUUUACGAGACUUAUUUCAAGGGCUUGAAAGAUUAUACUCAGGAUAAAAGGGGAGACACUGGGGCUUGGAUACGAGAGGCCUCAAUGUCUGGUAUCCAAGUUUUGACACUUUUACUCACCAAGCAUAAGGCAGCCAUUCUCACCCGAGAUUUAGUAACGAAAAUUAUUGCGGGUGUGUCCCAACAGGCCGUAGAAAAGAUUGAUAGAACGAGAGCUCUCGCGGGUCGAGUGUUCUUCAGUAUAAUUUAUAAUGAACACAAUGUUUUGGAUAUUCCUCAUCUGGAUGAAAUUGUCAAGAUUUUCCCGAGAGAAGAAUGCGAUGUUUUAAAUUGGAAUUCGGCGGCUUCCACAUUCUCGAAGUUUGUCCAGUUGUUGCAGUUUGAGCCUUACACUUAUAAUGUUAUGUUGGGUUUAAUAUGUAGCAUAGGGGCACUUACAGAAACAUUGGUACGGAAUUCCAGUGCAGCACUUUUCCAAUAUUUAAAACAACAACAUGCUUCCAAAGGACUGAAUGAGAUAAUAAGGUUGUGUGAAAUUAUUUACAGAAUAUUUCAAGAACACCAGAAAAUUGACCGAAUUACAGUUUCUGUAUUCCGGUUCCUCGAUAAACUGUUCGAUUCGGGUUGUAUAAGUUUUAUUACCGAAGGAGAUACAGAUUACGCAAAACGCAUGUUGAAACUUGUUCAGUUGGAAAUUGCCGGUUGUAGGGACAUUUACAAGUUAAUUGAUGGAAUUAAUGUACUUUGCCAGUUUAUACAAGUUAAAGGCGAAGUUGGAGACACUGCGUUAGUUCAACUUAGCGUUUUGCUUUGUCACAGACAGUCCUAUGUAAGAAGAUCAACAUCCACAAAGAUGUAUGAAUCACUCCUAGUAAAUGGAGAUUCAAGCAAUAUAAAGCCAGAAAAUUUGAAUGAAGUUAUGCAGGUUUUAAGUGAGACAAAUUGGGAAGAUCCAGUAGAACAGGUCAAGGUGGUUAGGAAUCAAUUGUGCACCUUAAUGGGUAUUCGAAUUCCUGUUUCCAAGAAAAAGACGUAAUUUUUUUCUCAUGUAUUAUUUAUAUAUGCUUAAAAUCAACUGCUUGACAGACUGAAUUUGCUUCUUCCUCCACAUUAGUGAAAAAAAGAAUAUUUUCACACACACACAUUUAAUUAUUUAAUGUAUUUUUUUAUUUUUACCACAUUAAUAUUUGUUAUAUUAUCUAAUAAAUCAUUUUAACAUUUGUA